GCAAAUCCCAUCCAACCUGUCACGACCAACUCCCAGCCUGGCAGUCCCCACUAUUAAUUAAAAAAAAAAAAAAAAACGGGGGCCCACAUUACUGUUUGACCAGUCCUACGUGGUGCACGCAGUUUAAAAACCGUGAGCCCCACCUUCCCUAUAUAAAUAACAAUCAGCGUUCCCAAAUCCCUAGCGCCUCCAAAUCCCCUGGUUGUCGCAGUCUUCUCUCUCCGCCGUGACGAGCCGCCGUUAAUGGGUAUUUGCAGUUCAUCGGAAUCAAUUUCAGUGGCCACCGCCAGACUGAUCCUUAACGACGGAAGCCUGCAGGAAUUUUCUUAUCCAAUCAAGGUUUCGUACGUUCUUCAAAAGAAUCCGUCGUGCUUUAUUUGCAACUCUGACGAUAUGGAUUUCGAUGACGCCUUGUCGGCCAUUGGCGACGACGAAGAGCUUCAACUCGGACAUCUUUAUUUUGCACUGCCAUUGAGUAGGCUGAAGCAGCCACUUCAGGCCCAGGAAAUGGCCGCAUUGGCCGUCAAGGCCAGCGCUGCGCUCAUGAAACGUGGCACGGGAAACAAAUAUGGCAACCGCCGGAGAUCAGUAUCUCCGGUGGUUUUCGCGGCUAAGGAACUCAAGAGUCGCAAACUAGUGGUCGCCAGCCGUGGAAGAAAAAAAUUCGCGGCGAAUUUGACGGCGAUUCCUGAGUAGGUCGUUUUUUCUUAAAUCGGUGGGUUAAUUUUGUAAAUAUUGGGGAAAUAGGGACUGGUUCGUUUAGAUAUUUUGGUUAGUUUUUUUUUUUUUUAUUGUUUAAAA